GAGAAAAGCAACCAAUCGAAAAGCUUUCUCACCCUUUGAUUUGUGUUAUCGACAGGAUCGACAGGUUUUUAUCAGUGGGUUUGGAAACAAAACCUCAUGGGGAUCGCCUAAGGCCUCCUAGGUACAGUUUCUCCACACAUGCUCAAAAUACAGUAUUGGAACGUGCAUGUAUCGAAUGAGCUGAGCGUGCUGAACUGUCGAUCGAAAUGUUUCUUCAGUCGAUUAGGGGCUUCUGGCAUGGAUGGCGAGGCCUUAAUUAGACGUUCUGACGACAAUGCUGGCAUCAUACACACCCUGGAUCGGAGAAGCCUCCGUAGCUACUCUCCGACAUUGGCAUUAGUGUUCCACCCUUUGAAGAAGUUGGAGGGAUUUCAUCCAAAUCACGAUGUCGAUUGAAGAUCCAACGAUGGUGAGACAUUUCGAUGGCAAUUGCACGGUCGAAACCAUGAUGAACUAUAGUGAAAUCUGCUUGGAUCCGGACCAUGCAGACUUUGCCAUCAAGGCUUGCAAUCACUUUGGAUCAGCCUUGAGUCAUGUGGCCGUGGUCAUUUGCGUCCUCAAUGGAGUCAUGGGGUGUUGUGGAAAUCUCCUGACACUCAUUGCCAUCCCAUACUCCAUCUACAACAACCAAUUUGGUUUUAAAAGGAGCAGAGACAGUGCCACGAUUCUCAUCGUGAAUUUGGCCUUCGCAGACUUGAUGUAUUGCUCGAUCAAUCUGCCUUUGUACACGAUUCAAUAUUGGAACGGUCGUUGGCCUUUUGACCGAAUGGCUUGCCGGAUUUUUGCCGUUUUCCGAUAUGUAAAUGCUUUUGGCGAAUGGAUGAGCCUAGCCGUUAUUGCUUUGAGCCGUUGUGUUGGUUUGAUCCGGAACCAAAGAUGCUUUUCAUGGAAGCAAGGAUUCGUCAUUAUCAUCGCCAUUUGGUUCUACGCUUUCCUGAUGAUUUUACCCGCGGUCACCGAGCAUUUCGGAAAAUUUGGGUACAACUGUAUGGUGGGCAAAUGUGAUUUCAUCAGUCAAGUGGAUGAGGCGAUAGAACCCCAUGUGUUCUUCUACGCCAUUGGUUUUGGCAUCCCUUGCUUUGUCAUCCUGAUUAGCUAUUGCGUCAUUUGGUGUUACGCCAAGAACUCAGCAAAGUACCUACGCAAGACCAGUGAGGAAAAUCGCCGCAAUGUGCUCCAACGAGAGUACAAUAUGACCUGUACCCUGUUUUUGAUCUGUCUCUGCUACUUGGUGUUUGUGGCACCCAUCGCCAUUGUGAACAUCAUUGAUCCCACUGCUCAGAAUCCACAGCUCCAUUUAGCGUUCUUCUGCGUCUAUUGGUUCCAAUACAGCCUGAACUUCUUGAUCUACGCCGCCCGAUGUGAACAAUACCGACGGGCCUACUUCUUCUUUCUCGGGAAGAUCAUCCCAUUCUGGUCUCAAAAGAACUCAAACUCCACAGUAUUUGUGCUAAACAAAGAGAAACACGUGGUCACCUCCAGACCCAGGGGCUGUGACCAUCCAAGUUCUAGCAAGGACAACAUCCAAGGUCCUCGGCAGAUCCUGGGCGAGUCGGUCUUUUCAUCCAAAAGUACGUCGUUUGUGGUCAUGGGCAAGAAGAGACGGAGGGAGAUCAUCUAUGAGAAAACCGAGGACGAGGUCCGAACCACCUCCAUUCAUCCAGACAGCAUCCAAGAGGAGAUUAUCCUCAAAGUCCAUGCUCGAUGGCGCAAACGAAGCAAGAGCUGUAUCAUGUAAAAUUGUUGCAUUCGGGUAAAUAGUCCAUGUUCCGAAUAUCGAGUAGAGGCGAAGUGACCUUGAAACUGAAUCUGAACUUUGAAUCGGCUUGUUAGAAGGGAUAUCAUUCUUACUUAUACUUACGACAGGAAUAUACCACUAUUUUGAUCUUAAGGGCGUGGUGGGAGACCAUUACGUUAGGGGUAUCGAGAGUAAUCUAAAUAGCGAUAAUAACGAUGUAAGAUAUAUGUGAGAAAGUAUGAAAUAAGAAAUUCGGGUAAACACAAUAUUAAGCCUUUAGAUAUAAAAUCAAUAAGAUGAUAUCACAGAUGGCAUUGACUAGAAUAGUAGGACCAAUGCUUUUGAAAGAUAUGAAACAAUACAAACGCAAUUGGACAGAGGAAGGUGAUGGAAAUUUGGUCAUUUUGUUCCCUUUGUUGGUGGAAUUUGUUUGGUAGUCGGUGGAUAGAGGUGAUUGACGGUCAUAAUUUCUGAAGGGAUGACAUGUUAAGGACGAUAAGAUGGUUAGCAAAUGCUUGUCUGAGAAGAAAAACUUGUAUCAGUACGUUAUCUCCGGAAUCGCCAGGUUCCCAAGUGUUCGACACUCAAUUA